GAGUUGAGACUCGAGGGUGAGACCCUAGAAUCGACGAAGCAGAACCGCGGAGAAGGCAGAAGAAGAAGAAAAUGGGGGCGAUAACGACCUCAGUGAUUGCGAUAGUGGGAGUGGUUCUCGGUUGGAUCGCCAUCGAGAUUGCCUGCAAGCCCUGCCUCGAACAGGGCCGCGAAGCCAUCGAUCGCAAUCUCAAUCCCGACUACGAUCCAGACGACGCCGUCGUCUCCUCCGACAUCCGCGCCCCUCUCAACCCUCCCGCCGUCAAUACCAUCGCCGUGGAUCUCGAGGCGGAGGAUCCCAAGGCCGCUGCUGCCAUCGCAGCUUCUUCACAUUCCGACGGCGUCAAGGCCGUCCGAUAGUUUUCCUUUUCCUUUUCCGAUCAUACACUGUUAACUUACUUUUCAAAAUUUUCUUGUAUUUUGUUAUUAUUUUUAAUAAUUAUUUCUAAAACUCAAUUAAAUUUUUUAAGGGUAAAUUAGUACAA